UGAUGUUUUCCAAUUGAGUUGAAUUGUUUCAAGUGAAAAUUAAAACAUGAAAUUGAAUUACGAUAAUAAUUUAACAGCAAUCAAUCGAUUGAUCAGUAAUUAUAAAUAAUUGGAGAAAAAAUCUUAAUGAUUGUGAUGAUUUAAGUGAAUAUUUUGUUACCAAAACGAGAAGAGAAUUGAAAAUGUUUAUUCCUUUGGUUUCCUUCGUAACCAAUCAACCGAUUUCCACUCUUGCUCCUUUCGAAAGAAACUCAAUUCAAUUGGUAAUUUAAUUUUCUUCUUAAUUGUUACCAUUCAGUCAAACCAUUCGCCGGUCAUUCAUGAUCAACUUUCCACACACAACAAACUCAAACUGAUUAAGUUAAUUGUGACCCGAUAGAAACUCUUUAAUUAUCCAACAACAUUGAGAAUCAUUUGAGUCCACAAAACUUUGAGAACGAAAAAUUUAUUCACAGAUUAUAAUUGUCAGUAACUCUCUGUAAUUGUAUCAACAAGAGAAACAACAACAGAUUAAUAAUCAACAUGACGAAACAACCUCUUGGCACUAAUCCAUCUAAAUCCGUUGCUCAUCCACCUUGGGUCAAUCCAUGUAAUCUUCCUAUUUACAUAUCACCGACGAAAGAAAGUCAACCUUCAGUUAGAGACAUUUACGAAAAGAUCACUCGUCGGGCCUCAACAACGAAAGGAUUAUCGGAAAAUAUUAGACAACAAUUCAUUAAAUUCUUGGGAGACGAAGAUUUUGAAUCUGGAGUAAUCGAUUUACGAUUGGAAUGGCUGCCGGAGGUUCAAGCGAUAAUCGAAGAGUUUGAACAGUUCGAGGAACCCGAUGCUUUAAGGAAAAGCUUCAAGUAUUUACAAUAUUUCGCUGUUGGUUUAGAACAAAUUAAUCUUGAUCAAGUUCUUCAUGAUGGUUCAUUGAUUGAUGAAUUUCGAGAGAUCGAGGAUCAUUUACGUCAAUUGUUGUGCGAAUUACAAUUAGGGAUGUGGUAUCGAGAGAUUUCCCCCGAAGAUCACAUCGGACAAGAGAUUAUGGCCCAAGAAUAUCGGGACAUUUCCGAUGAUUCGAGAAGAUUAAUUCGAGACUACCUACUGGUUCGAGAUUUAUCACAAUUAGUUGACCAAAUUAAAUCACUUUUUCUACGACUUGAUUCAUCGAUAGAAACAACAACAUUAUAAUCACCAUAAUCGCUAAUUAAACUAAUCAACAUCAUCA